AGUGAUGUAAUCGCAGCUCUCGAACGCCGUCCGUCACGCGUCCUUCGCCUACAAUCAAGUCCGUUCUAGGACCGAGAGGAUAAAUGACGAGUUUUGCGCAAGCAAAGUAUCUGGAUAACUAAGAGGACUAUCCCUGCGUCGUUUAUGACGGACGUGCCAAACUGCUUGAGCGUCGCUCAGUGCAGAAGUCGUUUGAGGAGACGAUAAACAUUCCCCGUGACGAUAUGGAAACGUUGAGUGACUCGGAGUUCUGCGAUGCGUCGCAGGACUUCACCCCGACGGACUCGGCGUUCAGCUUGCAGUUGAGUCAGGAUCCAAGUCUCGAGAUGGCUCUGGCGAAACACGAGAGCGCGCUCGCUGAUCUCCGCAAGAAAUUGGAAGGGAUCGACCACAAAAUCCACUGUCAAACAGACGACGCGUUUCUGCUGUGCUUCUUGCGUCACAAAAAGUUCGACGUCGAUGCCGCGUUCGCGAGUGUGCAGAAAUAUUACAAACUCCGGAAGGAGUUCCCCGAUAAAAUUUGGCCGCGCGGAAAAGGCGUCAAGUGGAUGGAAGAUUACGUCUCGCUGAACAAUUGCACCGUUUUCCCCAUAAGGAACUCGGUCGACAACACUUGGGUCUUCGCUUGGAGGAAAGGCGAUUGGGUCCCCGAGGACGAAAAGUAUGUUCUAGCGGAUUACCUCACGUGGGGCCUGUACAUGACCGAAUAUUUUCUCUACAAGAAGGCCAAACUCGCAGCCGACGAAGGCUGGACUCUUAUCAUGGACUUGUCGGGCUUCGAGGCUCGUCAUAUUCCCUACUGUGAUCUACGCGUCGUACGGGCGUACACAUGCAUUUUGAAAGGAGCGCUCCCGGUGAAAAUCAAGGCGAUACAUUUUGUGAACGUGCCAUCGGUUUUCCACUACGUACUGAUAUUGAUCAAGUUCCUGUUGACCGACAAGCUUCGGAGUCGUUUUUUCGUGCACAAAUGCGUUUCAGACUUGAGCAAAACGAUCGACGCCGAGUGUCUACCCGAAGAGUACGGUGGCUCUGGGACCAAAUUUAGCUCUCGAUGGCUUUUCGACGAGAUGGUUCAAUACGAUCAGGAGUUUGUGGAACGAAGCUAUUUCGGCUAUAAAUCGUAGAUAUCAUUUGGAAAGAAGCCGCCAAAAUCAUAUUCGAAAAGGACAUCGACUGUAAAAACGGAUCGCAUUAUAAUCGAAGGACAAAGCAGAAGGGAUCAAAGGAGUGGAUUUCACUUGGAGAGCUUAGUUCGACGUGAAAGAGAGAAAACUUCGAUAAUCGAUUAAUCAGGAGAAAUAAU